AUGGUCCAAAAUUCCAAAGAGGUCUCGUCGUUGAGGGAGUCUUCAGCAAAAGCCAAAGCAGCAUGUGAUUCUCUUACAAAACUUCUUAAGAUUGCACGCCUAAUCAGUAACGGCCAAGAUGUGGAUACUACUGAGUUGAAAAUGGCCCAGAAACAAGCACUUUUGGAUUCUUUUAAGGUGAAGAAACUACACCGAGACCACAAGGAAUGGGAAAACGCAACGAAGGAACAGUUUGUUGAAAAAGAGAUCAAAGCUUACAAUAGAAAAUAUGCUCAAAUUUCUCGUCUCCAUUCAGCCAAUACCAUCUUAGAGAGUAAAUAUGCCGAGCUUCGAAAGUCCGUUCAGCUUCCCAAAUUUCAUUUCUCAAUCCAGACACUUGAACAAUUUGAAGGUGGGAAGCUCCUUCAGUAUCUUAAAAAAGAUUCUGCGGGCAACUACCCACGUAAAGUUCAAGUGAGCGAAAUCUUCUCGCUCGAUAGAAAUUCAGUGCUCCCAAAUCCAGAGUUUGCCGAAUUUAAUAAGCUCGUGAACUUGGAAUAUCGUCUCCGAAUGCGUAUGCAAAUCAAAUAUGAAGUUUUACUCCGCGUGAAAUCACACUUGACGGCCAAGAACAGCCAGUGGUCUGCCAGAGACUCCCUGUUAAACCAGUUUAUCACGAGGGAUCUCGCUAAAAUGAUCGCAGAGGUGGAAAAAAUUAAGACGAGCGAGUACGAAGAUUUGAAAUACUACGAGGAUGACUUUGACAUGGAGAGCGAGGAGCACUUGGAAGAAAGCCGAUCGAAUGACGAACUUGAGGGGGACAUGGAGCCCGAUGCAGAGCAUAGAGGUGACGGUGAACUCGAUAAUAAUCAUGAAGAGUUUGAAGGAGAGCAUGUACCAGAAGCUGAAGGAGAGCAUGUACCAGAAGUUGAAGAAGAAUCGAAGCCAGAUGAGAGGCUAUAUGAGGCAGAAGCAGAAUCGCCAAAAGACGAGGAAGCCACAGAUGAACAGAGUAGGCACAUAGAAGGGGACGGAGAGGCAGAAAUAUCACAACCGAGUGACGCAGAGAAACCAAUGCCUGAGAGACAUUUGCAAGAUGAUGAAAUGAUACUUGAUUAG